AUGAUCACCAUCUCAUCCAGCGAGAUAUUCGCAUCCCAAUCCAGGCUUCGACCCGAUGAUAUUGAGAAAAUUAACGGAUCGCCGUCCCUUGGCAGUACCAGUCAACUGGAACUCACCAACAGCUCCUCCAACGAUCCCAUAAAAGAGGCUUUUGAGGCACCAACUCCCUCCACGAGGCGUCAACGAUGGAUGAACAGAUUGAAAGGCGCAGAGCCUCGGGGCAUCAAACCAAUACCUCUGGAGGAAAGAGAGCCAGUUACCUCCUCGACCUUUUUACAUAUGAUCUUGCUUUGGUUCAGCAUGAGUUUGUCAAUCAACAAUAUAAUCGUGGGAUCGAUGGGGACUCUGGUGCUCGGCCUGAGGUUCAAAGAUGCCGCUAUCUGCGCAAUAUUGGGAAAUCUAGUUGGGACGAUGACGGUAGGAUAUAUGAGCACCUGGGGCCCGCGAAGUGGAAAUCGCACUUUGAUUGUGGCCCGAUAUUUUAUGGGAUACUACCCCAGCAAAGUCUGCAUCGCCCUGAACAUACUGACCAAUAUCGGGUACAGUAUGGUCAGCUGUGUGACGGGAGGGCAGAUAUUGUCCAGGAUUUCAGGCGGACAGAUCUCCGUCCUGGUUGGCAUUGUGGUGGUGGCCGUGACCAGCUGGGCGAUGGCCAUGUUUGGAAUGCGCAUCUUCCAAAUCUAUGAACGGUUCGUGACUGGCCCGUCUCGCCCCGGAUCUCAUCCCGUCAGGAAUCCCACACUGAUGUUCACAUGCCCUGGUGGUUGUGUUUCUGUACCCCUUAGAUUUGCAUGGCUUCCCCAAUUGAUGGUCCUGUGCGUGAUGCUUGGCUCUGCUGGGCCUCAUUUCGACUUUUCGAUCCACACCCCCGUCUCACAGGACCGACUCAAUGCCAAGCGAGUGACCUUCUUCUCCCUCGGAGUGUCCGUGGCCCUAGCCUGGGCGCCGCUGGCUGCGGACUAUUACGUCUUUCACCCACCACAUAUCAAGCGCUGGCAAACCUUCGCCGCGACCGUCCUGGGCAGCUCACAGGCCAUGAUGAUCACCCUGCUCAUGGGGAUUGGUCUGGGGUCUAUGAUGGCGAGCUCUCCGUUCUUCCUCGACAAGUAUGGACGGACGCCCGGCGGCCUACUGAUGGCCGCCUAUGAUGCGCUCGGAGGAUUCGGCAAGUUCUGUGCCGUGAUCAACGUUCUGUCGCUCGUCGCCAACAACACGCCCGGGGCUUAUUCGAUGGGCAUGAACCUACAGAUGCUAGGAGGAUUCUUUGGGCGAGUUCCGCAGCCCAUCUUCACCACUCUGGCCACGGUGAUCUACACAGCCUGUGCGAUGGGAGGCCGAAACUCGUUGUACGAGGUCUUCAAGUCCUUUCUUCCACUGAUUGGCUAUUGGGUCAUGAUAUGGCUAGUGAUCGUCGUCCAAGAGGACCUUUGCUUUCGACGAAGCAAUGAAUAUGACUGGUCCACAUGGAAUUCACCGCAGCAGCUCCCACUGGGCCUUGCGGCAGGCGCUUCCUUUCUGGUCGGAUGGGCCGGUGCGGUCAUUGGCAUGAAACAAGCCUUUUAUAGUGGUGUUCUGGCGCAUGUCGCCUCGGGAGCCGAUCUCGGUCUCUGGACCGGAGCUGCAUUUACUGCCGUUGUGUUCCCACCCCUCCGAGCUCUGGAACGGAGCUCGGCUCUUUCGCCUCGCUCGGUGCGACGUGCGGAGAGAUCCAGGAGACCAACCUUUCUCCCCACCAACUGUUCAACUCCCCUUGUCUCUCCUGAAUCCGGCCUCUUCCUCAACCUCACGCCAAAGGAAGCAAUGGACAAGAGCUCGUCUAUCCUCUCCUUGGCUGCGCAGCAUCCAUUUGUAAAGGCCAUCCUCGACGCCGCUCCGCGACAAUGGCUCCCUUACGCCGUGGCUGUGGCAAUCGGGUAUCCCAUGUUGACUCGUAGCUUGCGAUAUCGACGAGUAAAAGAGUUGCACCGAAAAUACCCGUACAAAACACGAGAUGAUAUGGCCAAAAUGACCGACGACGAUGCAUUUGAGAUCCAAAAGGUCGUCGCUCAACUCGAGUUUCCUACCAUUUUCGUUAAGGCACUGCAAUUUGCGUUGUUCCGGACAUACGGAAUUCCCACAAUCUCCCAUUUGCUGGUCCAAACCAGCCAGUUCACCAAUCCUGCGACAUCCCUCAAGCGUUAUACCGACACCAGCACCCUCGUGUCUGAAAUCGUGGGCAACUGUCCCACCUCCCAGCGAGCCUACACCUCGUUCGCCCGCACCCGUUUCCUCCACGCCGGGUAUCGAGCCUCGGGCAGGAUCCUCGACGACGACAUGCUCUACACCCUUGCCCUCUUUGCUCUUGAGCCGAUCAAAUUCAUUAACCGGUUCGAAUGGCGCCAAUUGACCGACCUGGAACGGUGCGCCAUCGGCACCUUUUGGAAAAGUGCCGGGGACGCGCUGGAUAUCAGCUAUGAGAAGUUGCCGUCUGGCGCCACAGGGUUCAGAGAUGGAAUCCAGUGGCUCGACGAGUUGGAGGCGUGGAGCGAAGCCUACGAAGCGGUGCACAUGGUACCUGACAUUAAGAAUCGGGAGACAGCCGACCAAACAACGGCGAUUCUGUUGUACGUAUUGCCGAAGGUGUUCCAUCCGAUGGGAUUGCAGGCAGUCUCGUUCAUGAUGGAUGAUCGAUUGCGCAAGGCGAUGCUCUAUGAUCCCCCGUCGCCUUACGUUUCCGCGGUCAUGUCCAGCAUCCUCUCCAUCCGCAAAUGGGUCCUGCGGUAUCUCUGUCUUCCUCGACCGUACGCCCUGCGCUACACCCCCUUCACCGAGGAGCCCGACGAGAAUAAUCGCUUCUUCCUCACACAGUGGGAAGCAGCCCCGUACUAUGUCAAGCCGACACUCUGGAAUCGCUGGGGUCCGACGGCCUUGUGGACCCGUCUCAUGGGGCUACCCGUGCCCGGAGACGAGGGUGAAAAAUACUACCCAAGAGGUUAUCAGCUGGAGGAUGUUGGUCCCAAAUACUUUGAGGGGAAGGGACGGAAGUCGCUGGAGGUGAUCAUGGAGGAGUACAAGGGGUAUCGGACGGGAAAAUGUCCGUUUCAUUGA